AUGGUAUCGGCGCUGGACCCGCGGCCAGUGUAUUCGGCGCUGAAAAACGGAAUAUUUCGGGAAAAUAUCGAUGCAUUCAGUAACGAGCAAAUACAACCCUUUCUACCAUCACUGCUGCUAACUUCGUUUGUGUCUUCUUCACAUUCGAACGAUGAGGCAUCAUCUCCAGGCAUUGAGGUUUGGCUUAAAAUUUUUUCUGUGUCGCAACGCAUUGAGGGCGGCAUGGCUUUGAGUAUUUUCGAGCAAGAUUCACUUUUGGAGGAAGUUAUAUGCGCAAUGACUGCAUGUGCUUUAUUUAUCCCAGAUCGUUUCGAUCCCCCUCUGAUUGUUCAUUCGCUACUGACAGCACCAAAUGCUACAACUUUGAUUACUAUGGUAAGCAGUAUUUUGCACGGAUUGAGGCACCACUGCACAAAGAGAACUUUUUUAAAGGAAAUUGAGUCCCUCUAUGCACAGGGAAAUAAUUGGCCAACGCACGGGCUGCCCGGCUCCCCGCAGAUUUUUGCCGCUAACGGCACUGGUUUUUCCAGCAGAUGCUUCUAGCU